AUGCCUUGGCAACAAAUUAUGCAACAGAUGAUGCAGCAAAAUCAGAUGAUGGCUCAAAUGAUGCAGGGCAUGCAGGGACAACAAACUCCUGCUCCAGUUCCUGUUCCACAAGCUGCAACAGAGCCAGAUUUUCGUGCUUUCUUCAAAAUGGAUCCUCUAGAGUUUGCAGGUGGCUUAGACCCGGUGGUAGCUCAUGAUUGGUUGGCUAGUAUGGAGAGGAUAUUCCAGGCAAUCCAGUGUAAUGAAGAAGAGAAAGUGAUCUUUGCAACGCAAAAGAUGAAGGGACCGGCUCUUAGGUGGUGGAAUACCGCAUCUACCUAUUUCACUACCCAGGAGAUCCCUAAGGACUGGCAUCAUUUCAAGGCGGCAUUUCUGGAGAAGUACUUUCCUAACAGUGUUCGAACCCAAAGGGAAAGAGAGUUCCAUAACUUUAAGCAAGGCAACUUGUCAGUUUCUGAGUAUGCUGAGAAGUUUGAAGAUAUGGCUGAUUACUCACGACAGGCUGUUUAUGCUCCUGUUGAUUGUGGAGCUACUCAUUCCUUUAUCUCAACCGAAUGUGUUUGUCAACUUGGUUUGGAAGUUACUCCAUUACCCUAUCCUAUGGUCAUUUCUUCGGCGACCGAUGAUACGGUGGAAGCCCGGCUGAUUUGUAAGGAUUGUUCAGUGUCUUUUAAUGGUUGUGACUUCCCGAUUGAUCUAAUUUGUUUACCCCUCAAGAGACUUGACAUCAUUCUUGGAAUGGAUUGGUUAUCUCUUAAUUCGGUGUAUAUUGGUUGUAAGGAAAAGGCCAUAUUCAUUCCGGCAGAAGAGACUUCUUCCGAUGAUGCAAUUACCAAAAUGGUAUUGUCUGAGAUUCUGGUGGUGUGUGGGUUUCCUGACAUGUUUCCCGAGGAUAUCUCUUCACUUCCUUCGGAAAGAGAGGCAGAAUUCUCAAUCGAUCUUGUCCCUGGUACUGCCCCAGUUUCCAUCACUCCAUAUAGGAUGUCUCCUAUUGAAUUCAAGGAACUGAAGAGCCAGUUAGAAGAGCUUCUAGCUAAGCACUUUAUUCAGCCCAUUUUCAUGGAUUACAUGAAUCGAAUUUUUCAACCAUACCUGGAUCAGUUUGUGGUAAUCUUCAUCUAUGACAUUUUGGUGUAUUCUCGUUCUCCCGAAGAACAUGAAGAGCAUUUGCGGAUUGUGUUGUCUACUCUCAGAGAGAAACAAUUGUACGCAAAAUUCAGUAAGUGUGAGUUUUGGCUAUCCGAAGUAAGCUUCCUUGGUCACGUCAUCUCUGGGGGAGGCGUGGCGGUGGAUCCUUCUAAAGUAGAAGCGGUGGUGAAUUGGGAUCGACCGAAGAGUGUUACAGAAGUCAGAAGCUUCCUAGGUUUGGCAAGUUAUUAUCGGAGAUUUAUCAUGGGAUUUGCUAAGUUGGCGCUACCAUUGACAAAACUCACUCGAAAGGAAGUUGAAUUUGAGUGGGACUCCGAAUGUGAGCAGAGUUUCCAGAAACUGAAGAAGAAGUUGACUACUGCACCCGUGUUAGUGAUUCCAAACCCAAAUCGGUCUUAUGAAGUAUUAUGUGAUGCUUCUAAGAAAGGCUUAGGCUGA